AUUGCUGACAUGCGCAGUCGUCACUGCCACCAGCUUUGUUGGGUUGCUACCUGCUAACGUGCUACUAACCUGCAAGUAUUUCUUGCCUGUGACUGGCCACAGCAAUGGACAUCGACGCAUUGUUGGAAGCGUUUCAAGAUUUUGAGAAGAAAGGGAAGAAAGACACCUGUCCCCUAUUGGAGCAAUUUUUGUGUCAUAUUGCCAAGACGGGGCAACCGAUGAUCCCAUGGUCACAGUUCAAAACAUACUUCAUGUUUAAAUUGGAAAAAGUCAUGGAUGAUUUUCAUGUUGCAACACCAGAACAGAGAGGACCACAUAAUCCCAAUGUAGAGUUUGUCCCAUUUGAAGAAAUGAAGAAGAGGAUCUUAAAAAUAGUGGAUGGAUACAAUGGAAUCCCAUUCACCAUUCAGCGUCUGUGUGAACUCCUUAUGGACCCCAAGCGAAACUACACAGGAACAGACAAGUUUCUCAGGGGUUUGGAGAAGAAUGUAAUGGUGGUGAGCUGUAUGUACCCCACAUCAGAGAAAAAUGGGGCAUCCAGUAUAAACAGAAUGAAUGGGGUGAUGUUUCCUGGCAACUCUUCUCUGUAUACAGACAGAAAUGUGAAUGGGCCAGGCACACCAAAACCACUUAACAGACCAAAGCUGUCAUUGCCAACAUCACUUUCCACCAACGGGCUCCCUGAUUGUCCAGUCAGCAAAGAACCAGAGCCAGCCACAGAGGGGGUGGAGGAGCAGUGCGUAAGUGAAACCUCACUAUCAGAAGGUGAGAUGACACCAAAUAGUGGGAUAAAGAAUAAACACCCAGAAGAAGAGGAUUCUGAUGGUGAUAAGCAAGAGGUGAAGAGACUGAAAUUUGAUGAAACGGAGGAGAAUGAAACAACAAAUGAAAAAAAUGAGUCGUCUUGUCAUCAAGGGCCAGAGAGCUCGCCAGAGAGCUCGCCAGAGACACCAGAGUCUUCAAAGCACUCCUGUGGUCAAGAAUACAAAAGUGGAACAUCUUGUAACACACCUAGUGUAUCGGACAAUCAUGAGCCAAGCAGCACACAAUCAGGACCCUCUGAGGUGGAAGAAGACUCAUCUGAGGAUACAGCUGACCACAUUCUGAAGAGCGAUAGCACUGUGGACGAAUCUGAGCAGCCUGUUCCAUCAGAGGAAAGUUUUGAGCCGGACAGUGGGGAAGGAAACAGCAGCGAUGGAGAUGACUUAAGCAGUGACAAGCAGAUCCCCUCUUCCAGUAAUUCACCAGACUUGUCAACAGAGGGCGUUGCUGGCAUUUCAAACAGUGCAGAGACUGCAAUAGAGCCUGGGGAACUUGACUAACUUCAAGGCCUGUCUGCCAUCUGACUUUGUUUUUUCUUUUUUUACACUGUAUGAUACCACACCAAGGGUAUAUCUGUAGCACUGUGGACCUGUAAGGACCAAGAGUGAUGUGAACCUCUAGAUUCCUCACAGAAGGAUCUUUUUGUCCUAAUCAGUUUCAAUUCUCAAGGCCACACAUCACCUGGUCUUUAAACUGGAAGGCAUGGAUGUAAAAGAAGAUUACGGAGACUGCCUUUUUCACUGUUGACUAAAAGUUUUUCUAAUCCUUUUUCCUUGAUUUUUAUAUCUGAACGUAAUAAUUUAACCCUAAUAACUAAUGUAACUGAUGUACUCUGAAUUUUCAUUAUUCAUUCGGCAUGUAUUUCCAUAAAGAUAUGUUUGAUAGAGUUUGUUUUAGCCUAAGCACAGUUGUUUUGACUAUCUCACUAAUGAAUGUGUCUCUCUUAAGGUGAACGAGGACACCUGCCAUAUAGAAUGUGAAGCAAUGCUUCACAUAUGUCUGUUUGCUUUUUCUAUGAAGCACAUACCGUAAAUAUAUUUCUUAUUAACAUUAUCUUGCACUUGUCAGCUUUGACCCCUUGAAGGAUGUGGAAAAUGUUAUAGUUUUGGUUUUCAUUCUAUGAAGCCAGUAUAAAACGGUAUUGUAGUAACCAGUUUGGUUAGAUAGAAUAUUGCUUUUGCUUAAGGGUAGCCAUUUCUGCAUCAAGCCCUGUAAACAGAAUACAAGGUACUUUUACACUUUAUGUAUGUCAUACCUUAGUUUACAGUCGUCACUUUUGAUAAUUAGGAAUUUUUACAGUAUGUAUCAGUAUGUAAAUCAGUUUUUGUAGACUUGUAAUAAAUGUCCACUGCCUUCGUAAAACUGAUCAUCGCUGGAAACUGAAGGCUUGCGCUUGUAUCAUAGUAUUCAUGGAAAGCAAUAAAUGCUGAAAUUUGAAGUGUACUUUGCCCAGCUGGUGUUAAGGGAGUUGCUUAU